AUGAAGUACGCCGUCGUCGCCGCCCUCUUCGCCCUGGCUGCCGCCCAGUCCCGCAGCGACAUCCCCUCGUGCGCCACCCCCUGCCUCGACGAUGCCGUCAAGUCCGGCACCAGCUGCUCGACCACCGACUACAGCUGCAUCUGUCCCAAGCUGGACGACCUCACCAUCGCCGCCACUCCUUGCGUCCUCAAGGCCUGCGGUCAGGAGGUUGCUCUCCAGAAGGUUCUCCCUGCCGCUAAGGCUCUCUGCGCCGCUGCGGGCUCUGCUCCCGCCUCCGGCUCCAUGCCCGCCACCACCGCUAGCAUGUCUGGCUCCGUCAGCACCGUCCCUACCCCGGCCACCACUGUUGCUACCCCCAUGAGCACCUCGUGGUCCACCGUCCCUUGCGACACCACCUCCAUGGUCUCCAUGACCCCCGGUGGCGGCAACAUGACCAACCCCACUGGCGUCCCUGUCGCUGCUGGUGCCCCUGGUCUCUCUGCCGGUGUUGCCGUCAUCGCCCUUGCUGUCCUUGCUCUGUAA